AUGUUCCGCAGAAGGAGAAGCACAUCUCGUCAUCAGCCUCUCUCCACUGUAUCCUCACAGUCCGCCCAGUCCGCUGCCACCCAUGCCUUCCUUAAAUCCCAACCCUCCUCAAGCAGUCUGUCUUCUGCUGCGGCCGCGGCGGCUCUACGAAGUCUCACGCCCACUCCAACUCCCGUGGAAAAUGUCCAGACCAAGAGAAUGAUUCAAAGACGGGCCUCCGUGACUUCGCAGACCGGUAGCCUCCGUCCAGGCAGCAGGACAGACCUUCGUCGCAGUAAUAGCUCGAGCUCCAUGAGCAAUAGAACGUUCCGAGAACAAUCCCCGCGUCGACCUGCUACCAGUAACGGCCAAGUGGAUGUCGUUCCACCCCUGCCCUCCAUGCCUCUGGAAUUUUCAGGCCGGAGAAACCCUGGUCGGCGCUCCGUCAGCCUGGAGCCAAGCAUGCGAUUCAACUCCUCGCCCAAACAUAAGAAGCUGGGUCGCGGUAUGAGUGUUGACAGAUCGCUGCGAUCGUCGUCCAGCCAGUCGCACAUCCAAUCCCAGCCCUUGUGUACGGUUCCCGAGCUCGAACGAACAGCCAGUCGAAACUCAAUCAAUUUCUCAUAUCCGAUGAAUGGCCGACCAACCUCCCCAACUAUCUCGCGCCAAUUUCCCACACAACGUGAGGCCUUGACUAACGUGUCGCUCAACCACGAGUUGUCGCCCGCCGGGUCUCCGAAUGCCCGGGUAGCGAAAAACCAGGCAAUAAAGAAGGCAACUGGGCUCGUUACCGGAAGCCCCGGGCGAACCGCGUCUUCCGUUGGUACCGCUGUCGCAGCUGCACAGGCUGCUGUGGUGCCCAAAUCCGACGGAACGAGUCACUCACCAGUGGUCAAUCGCUUCGGUAAUCAUCGAGAAGUGGCCACUAAUAGUCAUGCGCGAAGUCAGGACUUGAGGCAAAUAUCCUCUCCUGCGAUGGGGCCAAAGCGGACGCCUACCGUACCUGAAGAAGACUCCCAGGGUGAAGAACGGGCGGGCCCAGAGGAAACUGGGAGUCGCUUCGAUCAUCCGCGCGCCGGGAGUGUUUCGCCUAUCGGCGAACCUGUGCCCAAUUUUUCGGAGCAUUUGUAUGCUGCGGAACCUUCAAUCAUCAGAACGCCAGCCACGCCAGACGAAAAGGAUGCACGACCUACCUACCCCGUCCAUUCCGUUGAGUCGGAUGAAUUUACGGGGCUAGAACAUGGGCUACAACAAUCCCCCAUCCGUUAUUCCAGCAGCAGUCCGGGUAGAUCUGCGCGAUUUUCCUCUCAACUCGCAGUGGCUGGAAUUGCUGAGCAUCAACCUCCUCCGAGAUCAGUUUCACCGGUCAAAUCCGCGCUGAAAAAUGCGCGAAAAAGUUCGUUGUCUCCUAGUGGGAGAAAUGGAAGCGUUCUCCGUCCAGGUCCGGCACUCAGUGAGCUCUCUGACGCCACUUCUGUGGCUUCAGACGAUGGUUCCAGACUCGGCUACCGUAGGAAGCCUGUCAAAGUAAGCUUUGACGAUGAUGCGGAAAUUGUUGGAGUUGCAGCGAGUCCGCCAACCUCCCCAGAGGAACUGACCCCUGAGCCUCCUGAAAAAUUCAGGACCAAAACUGGAUGGUUCGGGGUCGGUAAGCGGAAGACCUCUCAACUGGAUGCCGUUGAUCCUGAUGAGUUUGAUGAGGUUUUGAAGCCCCGGCCUGCUCUUCCUUCUUUUGGCAGGAUAAGAGGACGCCGAGAGGACGAACCUGAGCCCGCCCAGCCGGACUUCAGUGACAAUGAGUCUACCGCCUCGUCUGAGUUCGAAGCAGUGGUCUCCGGCCGGUCUGUCUCGAAUGACCAUUCCGUUCGAGGCAUCUUGUCCAAGCCUUCAAUAACAGCUCAUCAACCUGGCACAGAAGUCGAUCGCAUCCCCCUCACUGAGUUUUCUGAAGGUGCUAGCGACCAAACGAGCAAUGCAGUCAGACAAGAUAGUGCCUUCGUUCAUGAGCCGGUGUCUCAAGCUUCUCAGGCUCUGAAACCGUCAGUAGUGGAUGCGCACUUGAUGCAGGAGCAGGAACCAUUAAUGACUCCAGAUGUGGAGUUAGCGCUACAGGGCGUGACGGCCCGAACAGUCUCACCUGGUGCCGAAAAAGGGCGUUCAAGUCUUGAGAUAUAUAGUGUCCCCGGUGGUUUCCCGCGUACCUCGUUAGAGCUUGACUCCAAAGCCACUAGCAAAAAGAAAGGCAAGAGGAGAGCACGUGGCAAAGCUGUCGAUGAGCAUAUGCCGAAUGGCAAGGAGAGUGAUGACGAGUCAGGGGAAAGUGUUUACAGCGACGCUGAGGAGGUUGUCGAUGGUGAUGGCUUUGGCUCAAUCAAUGCGAUCGUGGAUGCGCGGAUAGCGCAAGGCAAAGACGGCCGACCUGUUGAUUCUCUCAUCGGCAACACAUUCUCCGAAGACGGCACGCGCGGAUUCGGAGCAGAGUCCAAAAAUGGAACGGCGAGCAGGCUCGAAGAGUCAAGUCAGGCUGGUCGCGCAGCAACUCCCGUGCAAGAAGCGCGUAUUACUGCGCAGGCUGCCGACUCUCCCACCUCCCCUCAAGAGUGUCUUCCAUUAUCGUAUCAUUACCCUCCAUUCCCGACACGGUCUACAGGUCAGAGGCAAGCGACCGACAAAGACAUACAUUCGUCCGCACGCGCGAGUCAAGCGAAGCGGCCCAUGUCAACCAUAGUAUACAGUGAUUCAGGGCUACGUGAUGUUGUUGCAACGGAUGGCUCAUCACGCGGCCCAUCCGGCAACGGUACAUCUGCUUUACGUCGAGCCGGCUCUGAGCGGGCCAAAAAGAGACCUGUGUCGUUCGGGCCGGUCAUCCAAAAGGAAAUCGGUCCAGCUCCUCCUAGCGAGAGAACUAUCAACGGCAGAGCGCCCUCCAUGCCUCAAAGGAGAAUGUCCACUGGAAGCGACUCAUCCAGCAGUUUUAUAAGGUCCACGCGCCGUGCCAAAAAGGGUGGACAGCGUACCAUGCGACGCACCAUGCGGGGAGGCCCUCCGAUCCGCGCCAUGCCACCGUCUCCCGGCCGGGCAUCAUCGCCUUCCAUCGAAAGUCGGCCCCUUUCCUCGGGGUCAGGCACAGGUACCAUGCGCACCACAUUACGGAGCAGUGAACCCAAGAACGACAAGACUUCAAUCUUCUCCUCUGGCAGGUCUCCGAAAUCGAAGGUCACCAAGACAACCACGCCUCGUUUCGUAUCACGAUUCCCGGAUUCCGAUGACGAAGAUGCUGAUUUCCGGCAGCGGAAACUGCAACUUCGAUACGAUGAUUCAAGUGACGAUGAGGAAGGCCGCGUGAUACACACCCUUCGUCCGGUUCGCGGCAUUCCUCGACGGCAGGGAACAAACGACGGCGAUUCGACGGAACUCGAAGAUAGCUCUGAGAACGAGAGGCCAGCCACCCCUGCACCAGCAGCUGUCUCCAAAAAACCUAAUCUUCUUUCGCACGACCCGGGACUUGCUGCAGUGGCCAGGUCGCGUGGAAUGACAGAGGAGGAGCUGGAUGAGUUCCUCCACCGGCCGGCAAAGGGGCGAGUGUCUGGAAUUCUGGGCCGGUUCACCCUGAAGAAAUCUAGGCGACCCAUGGAACACAAGGUCUCCAAGUCCAACCCUGAGGACCUCGCUCACAUGCGGGAGGAGAAUUUGCUGAAUUCCACGCGGGGAGCUACGGUCACAACUGUUACUGCCAAUCACUCCGGGACUUCCCCUUCGAAGCUCACCAAGGGAGGCUUGAAGAAAGCGAACGACAACGGUCUUCCACUGGACUCUGGGCGCAAAGGGUCAGAAGCCGCAGCGGCUGGAACUGCGGCGGAGCAGCACCCGUUAGCGGCGGGUGCAUCUGAAGACGGAAGUGCAUCUAUUGCCCGCCAUAAUGAGCCCACCGCAAGUGACACCGCAACUAAUAUGCAGAGCUCCGAAGCUGCACCUCCGCGCGAGGAUCAACACUUAGCUAACAUCAAUGGCAACAAUGGCCUCAGCGCAAAGGAUGUCUUCGAAAGGGAUUCGAGAAGAGACGCCCAAAGGACAGCCAAUCUGGACUUUGACGCCCGCGUCCCCAUCCCCUUCAGUGUCUUCCCGUCGUCGUACCGGAGUGACGCUGUUCCUGAGACUACUCUGACUAGAGUAGAGGGAGAAGUCAAUCUCGAUCGUACUUCGCACGUCGAACGGGAAGAUACUCGAACCUCUGCUCCUCUUCCCGACCCGCGUGUCUACGGAAGAGAAGAAGUCGAUAUCCAUAUCACCAAGGACCGUCUCCCCGCGCCUUCUCGCAAGGGUGACGAUUUCCAGGUCGUCUACGAAGACCGUGAGUACAAGGAUUCUCGUGUUCCCGAGGUAGAACUUUCGCGUCAACGGUAA